GUUUUGCCAACAGAUGGCUUUCCUGCUUUAGUUUGUUGUAACUGUAAGUCAUAUUUACAAACGUUCUGGAACUUUAGAAAAAUGGCUCAUAAAACAAACGCAGCGCUAACUAAUUUUUUAACAUUCUGCAACUCUCCUGAAAAGUAUAGCCACAACUUUAGAUUUUGCGGAAGUAUCCGAGAUAUCAGAAGUCGGGCAUAGAAUGUUAGUCUAAUUUAAAAAUCAUCUACAGGUGAAUUGUAGCUGCAUCCAAGCCAUAAAUAUUGAUAUAUCAUAUGUUACGAUCGGAAUGGCGGCAUAAUAUAUAAAAAACAAAAAGGGCGGUAUAUCCAUAUAUAUAUUUUUUAUAUUUUUAAAAAUGUUAUUAACAUAUCUCUAAUCGUAGGGGGUGACUGACUCAACUUUUUUUCGACCCACUCUAGUAUACAUGUACAUGUGUGGCUGGGGUGGCAACUGUCGCCGGGGGAUUAUUUACGCAACAGGCAGCUAAAAAGCUAUGACUUCAGUCUUUGUGCGAGCGUAAACCUGAGCAUAUUCUUAUAUGGCACCAGUCUUUACAGCCAUUGUACUGAACUGAUAUUAUGUUCCUACCAAUUACAUCCUGACAAACAGAACAUCUCCAACGUAAUUGUUGUGAUCCGCUGUGUCCGGGGGUUUUAUUAUGGACAAUAUUUGGUCUGGAGAAUGUUGUUUGGACAAUAUUCAGUACGGGGAGAGGAGUUUGGGAUCAUCAUUGUAGGGGGGAUUAGUGCGGGGGUUUUGGGGCUGUGAACUACAAACUGUUCCAAUGAAAACCAGUCGCAGAGGCUGGUUGGUCCUGAGCACUUUUUCAGAACUCUGAAGAUAUUAAUACGUAUUUCAACGACCUCCUAUCUUCAGCAACAUGCAGUAAAUCUUCAUCUGAACAAAUGGCAGCUAAGGCGUUAACGGAGUUAUGUGCAUUCUCUAAGAAUGAUUCCCCUACAGAGGGAAAGACAAAAACUUUUAAAUCAUUACCUAAAACACAAAAAAGCCCUCAAGAAAUUUUAAAUCAAGAUUACAAUUUUACAAUAGUUGAAAAACUAAAUUAUCAUUCAGAAAAUAAGGAACCAACUUCGAAUAUAGACGUUAAUAAUGAGAAAAGCCAAUGUUUACAACAACAACUGGAAACCGCCGCUGUUCUUAUGGAUAUAAGUAAAAAAGUGAUAAUAUCACCUCCCUGCUCGAAUCCUCAAUCUCCAAGAUUAUGUUCAUCUAUAGAUUCUAGUAUUUUAAAUUCUGUGAUAAAAGAUAAACGUCCAGUAAAUUCAGAUAUUGAAAUGGAUUUAUCAAAAAAAGAUUCCAGAUGUGAUUUAAGAAACUUCAUAGAUUUUUAUUCGCAACAGGAAAAAUCAAUAGUAUCCCAUGAAGAUUGCUUGGAAAAUCAAAUUACUAAGGAAACCAAAUUGGAGAGAAAACUUGACACAAAUGCUUUUAAUUUUACUGAAAAUUCCGGUUUACCAUACACAAAUACUCAAUCUGACCCAAAGACCAAAAUGUUGAAUAUAGAAACUGAAAUUCGCUUUGAACGUACGUCUCCUGAUAGUCUUACAUCUGAAGAACAUGGCACUGAUGCAGCUACCACACAGUUAUGGCAAGCUUUAGCAAGAUCAGCAGCGAAUAAUACUGAAUCCAAUCAAACAACUCAGCUUUUACAUAUACUAAAUAGCUCAUUUGCUUAUCCAGCUGCAUCACCAACGCCUUCCGUGGACGAAAAAGUACCUGAAGAACCCAUAGCCCUAUUAAAGAUUGAUGACAGCAAAAUAUUUAAGAAGAAAGAUGUGAAUUCAUAUAACAGUAGACCACGUUAUACUGCGGCUAAUGUUGUUUUCCGGGACAAAAAGCCAAAAAUAUGUGCUUUUCAAACUGGAUCUCAAAAAGAUAUGUCGUGUUCAAAUUGCGGAACUUUGAAAACAACAAUAUGGAGGAGAAGCAAUCGUGGCGAAAUCGUUUGUAAUGCAUGUGGCUUGUACUUCAAAUUACAUGGUGUAAAUAGACCACACUCCAUGAGAAGAGAUACAAUUCAUAAAAGACGCCGGCGUCCAAGGGAUUCUGAAAAACUAGAAAGAAAACAUGAGUUUUAAUAUUAUAAAUGUAUAUGUACAAUAAAGCAAUGUUUAAAUUAUUUCUAAUAUUA